AUGUCGGUGGAUACAGCUUUUGUCAACCGCUUUUGGGGCCAGCAGGAGGCUGGCUUCCAGGUGAUACAGACUAGACUUGCACAUUCAUUGACUACCCUCCAGGAACUUCUAACAUUCUACAAAGAACGAGUUGCCAUUGAGAAAGAAUACAAUAAACGCUUGGAUAAGCUCGUGGGCUCUUAUACGCUAGGCUCCGGCGAAACGGGCUCCAUCAAAGUUGCCUUGGAGAAAUUGCAGAACGAGAGUGGUAACAUGGUUAGACAGAACCAGAAGUUUAUCAAGAGUGUUUCUUUCCACAACUACGAGAAGCUCAACUCCUUUUACGGCAACUAUAAACACAACGUCUCCAAAGUGGAGUCUCAUAUGCAAAAGGUCUUGAGCAAAAAGAAGGACUUCUUCAACCACCUCGAAGCCAUCAAAGACAAGUACAGAAUGGAAUGCCAUCUGAUCAAGACAUUGCUGCUACAGUGCCAGACCACAUGGGGCAAGGAGCUAGAGAAGAACAAAGCAAAGCUUAUAAAGGCAGAGAAAAAUGCCAAUGUCCUCAAGGACCAGUACUUGAAAUGUAUCCACAAGUGCACAGAGAUACACGAUGUGUGGGUCCGAGACUGGCGUGCUGCUUUGCUGAAUGUUUAUCAGUUGGAAAUUGAGCGUAUCCAAAUUUGCAAACUCAAUUGCUUCAAUUUCUGCAACCACGUUGCUUCGCUAUGCGUCGAUUGGGACCAGCUGGUGGAUGUAGCUAGAACCUCAUUUGCAAGCAUACUAGCACCAAAAGAUAUCCAUGAUUUCGCUGAGGCAUACGGCACGGGCAACAAAAUUACCAAAGCCCCGAAGUUUAUUGAUUUUGCAGAAGGAUACGAUGACGACUCCGAAUCACAGGACUUCGAGCUCGCUGAUUUCAAAGAUCCAGAUUUCUCCCAAAUUCUUACUAGAACAUUCUCCACUCAGUCAGCUCCAUCUAGCAAUCAAACAAGUCCCACGAAAAGAAGCCCGAAGAGAAACAACGUGGAUUCAGGUUCACCCACAAGAGCAACGAAUGGCGGUCUACUAGUACCACAGAAUAAGAGCCUUCCCCCAAUCAAAGAACCAAAUGGUAACGGUGAACUCCGCAAGCAAUUAUCACAGACAAGUAACUACACAUCUGGUCCAGAAGAUAAACACGAUGUGUUCGAUUCCAGCAAGAAAUUCCGUGAAUCGAACGACCUGGACUACUCCAAUCCCACGAACUAUACCUCGCAGACAACAAGAAGUUGGGCGUCCCCAAGAAAGAAGGAGAGACUGGAAAUGCAAGAACGAAUUAAUCGAAGACUGCAAGACUGGACCAAUACAUUCCAGCCUCCACCACCCCAACCAGAGAAGCCCACGGUUUCCAUUAAUAAGGACUUUUCCAUGGACUUCAUUGCCAAAGCACUUGAGGACCUUAAUACUGGGGGUAAUGGUGAUGUGAACCAGUUCAGGCGAUCUGUAAGGAGUCAGGCGAAAGACAAUGACCCUGUUUCCUAUAAGAACCACCGCCCUCAGUCAGACUUCGUUGAUGAUUCCAGAGAACAGGCAACUAGGUAUGAUUCCAUCUCAUUCAAGACACCACAAAAACCAAGGCCCAAGUCAAUGGUGGACAGUGCCAUGGGUGAAGAUGAUCUGAUGAGGACUGUUGUUGCAAGGACUCCUAUGAAGCCACAGACUCAAUCCAAGCGGUUCUCACUGCAAUCUCCCACAAAGUCGUACAUGGACCUUCAUUCUAUGAUAGAUAGAGUGACGCCGGCUUCAGGACACGAGUACGUGGCCAAGGCCAAGGCUAUUUAUACUUACAGUGCUAGAGAAGAGGGAGAACUUUCGUUUAAGAAAGGCUGGAACAUGUUUGUGCUUCAUAAGCAAGAGGACAAUUGGUAUGUGUGUGAGUUAGCAAACAAUUGCGGAAGUGACGUUGGAAACGUUGGUUUAGUGCCUUACAAUUAUGUGAAGGAGGGCGACAGUUUGUUUUAG